CUUCCCCUCCUCUCCCAUUAUUUUAUCCACCCCGAGUAUUAAAAAUCGAACUCCCGUAACACUCGAAACCCUCUCCAUCCUCCCCUCUUCUUCCCCCUGCUCGCUCCCCUUUGCCGUAUCCCCAUGGCGACGACGAGGUAGAUCUCGUCGAAUUGUGCGCCCAUUAGGGUUUCGGGAGGACGAGAAUGGCGAGCGCGUGCGCGGCGAGCGGGUACGGCCCGCGCCGCAGGGAGGACGACGAGUUCCCGGCGGGGCUCAGGGUGCUCGUGGUGGACGACGACGAGACCUGCUUGAGGAUCCUGGAGAGCAUGCUCCGGAGGUGCCGCUACCAUGUAACUACUUGCUGUCAAGCUACAAUAGCUUUGUCCCUUCUUAGGGAGAGGAAGGAUGGCUAUGACGUAGUGAUAAGUGAUGUUCAUAUGCCUGAUAUGGAUGGAUACAAGCUACUUGAACAUGUUGGCCUCGAAAUGGAUCUUCCUGUCAUUAUGAUGUCUGCUGAUGGGAGAACAGAUGCUGUAAUGAGAGGAAUAAAGCAUGGGGCAUGCGAUUAUUUAAUUAAGCCCAUAAGAAUCGAAGCACUAAAAAACAUAUGGCAGCAUGUAAUUAGAAAAAAAUGGAAUGCCAAUAAAGAUGGCGGGCAUUCAAGCAGCCUUGAGCAUCCUGACCGGAGAUUCAUGGCUGAUGAGUCUGAAUAUACUUCUUCAGUUACUAUGAAUGGUGGAUCCGAUGGUGGUUGGAAUUCUCACAGAAAGAAAAGAGAAACUAAAGAUGAUGAAGAUGAUGGUGAGCUGGAUAAUGAUGAUCCUUCUGCUUCAAAGAAGCCACGUGUGGUGUGGUCGGUAGAGCUCCAUCAGCAGUUUGUUAGUGCUGUCAACCAACUUGGGAUUGAUAAGGCUGUCCCUAAGAGAAUUCUUGAGUUGAUGAAUGUUCCUGGAUUAACGAGGGAAAAUGUUGCAAGCCAUUUGCAGAAAUUCAGGCUAUACUUGAGAAGGUUGAGCGGGGUAACUGAGCACGAAAAUGGGCUUCCUAAUUCCUUCUGCGGGCUUGGACAACCAAAUGCAAAGUUCAGCCCUGCGGGAAGGCUUGACUUUCAAGCUUUGGCUGCUGCAGGUCGAAUUCCGCCACAAACCCUAGCCGCUUUGCAUUUCGAGCUUUUUUCGCAACCUUUAGGAACCAUAGCGGUGGCAAAACAAGGCCAUCCUGUUCUGCUACAGGCCUCAACUCAGGGACCUAAAGAUUUCCCUUUCGAUCAAGGAAUAACAUUUGGUCGGCCGGUAUCUCAAUUGAACUUACAGAAGCACUUCCAGCAAAACAGCUUUUCAUUCCAGCAUGCUUCUACUCCUUUCUCAAGUUAUAGUAGCAAUAGAAGCGUCCCAGGAAAUAACCUAGCUUCUUCUCAGUCAGAUAAUGUGAUGGCCAGUCCAGUACUAAUUCCAAAUCAGGAACUGAAAAAUGUUGAUAUGGCGAGUGUUUGCUCGGUCACUAAAAAUAGCUGUGAUUCGAGUGUACAAAAUUCAACCGUACAUGUUCCGAAUUUAUCUACUCCAGGCGCUGAGCUAACUUCUGCAGUUCUUGAUGGUGGCCGAGCACGGAAGAACUUCGGCUUCAUCGGUAAAGGUACUUGCAUCUCUCGACGUUUUGGUUUAGAUGAGAUUGAAUCUCCAACUAGCAGCCAAUGUAAUUGGGAGACUUGCGUGAAUGAUGAUAAAGAUAGAGUGAAGAAAGAACCUCAAUGGGACUUUGCGGAAGGAUCUGAGGUCGAGAGCAGCAAUAUAUCGCGCUUUUCUCCAAGCGAUAUUAUGGGUGUCUUAUCCAAGUAACUACUGCAUCUUAGCUCAAUGUGUUGUAAAUUAAUCAGUGAAUGCAGUCUCCUCUUAUGACGGAUAUCAGAAGAAAUCUAGCGCCUUUUUCAGCUUCUUUUGAUUCUUAUCUGUUAGUUGUUAAAGAGAUGGGUAUACGCAAUAGUUUUGCCACUGUACAAAAGAACUUCCUCGGUCAUUGGAAAAUGAAGCACCGAAUGGUUUUCAUGGUGAUCCAACUAGUUAACUUCAAAAUUAAGAGGGAGUCAUGCUAUUUUUGAGCAUGAAACGAUUCAAGCUUAGGUGCUUGAUCAUGGUUUGUUUGUUGUAUGUACAUAUUCGAUGAUAUGACACUUCUAGCAAAAUGCGUUAUUCCAUCACGAACACUCGCUGUUCUGUAUAUUACAUUCUAAACCCCUUGAUUACUGAUUCCAUGUUUUUGAAGAUUAGUGACAGGGGUGGUCGCAACAUUGUUAUUUACAUGCAAUUCCCUUUUCUAAUCA